AUGCUAGCCCCGCGUCUCCACGCUGCAAUCUCAUAUAUCCUCUGGCGAGGCCGCCGUUCUAGCAUCCAGGGCGAUGCCGCGCAAGUGAACGUUGCCGUCCGAAAGACUGCUGCUCCGAGUCUCCUCAUUAUGAUUCCUUCACUGCUCCUUCUCGCUCUGGGACCAUGGCUCGUAGACUGGCAAGUACCCGGACCCGAAUCACUUUACGAGUACGUCAUCGUCGGGACCGGCGCGGGCGGCGCUCCCUUGGGCGCCCGACUCGCCUCGCUGGGACACAGAGUUCUCAUGAUCGAUGCCGGAGACGACCAGGGCGAAUCCUUUCAGUACAAGGUGCCUGCUCUGAAUCUAAAAGCAACCGAGUACGAGCCCAUGACGUGGAAUUACUACGUCGACCACUACAGCGAUCCAACACGGCAGGCCAAGGACACGAAGAUGACUUACACUACCUCCUCUGGCCAGAUGUAUGUAGGGCGCAACCCUCCGGCCGGUGCUAAACCUCGAGGUAUCCUGUAUCCUCGUGCGGGCACCCUUGGCGGCUGCACGGCUCACAACGCCAUGAUCACCGUGUACCCGGACGAAGCUGACUGGAGCAACAUUGCCACCCUGACGGGAGACGGGAGCUGGUCUGCGGACAAGAUGAAGGAAUACUUUAAACGAAUCGAGAAGAACCAAUACUUCCCCUCGUCUCCCGUGGGUCACGGCUAUAACGGGUGGCUUGCCACCAGCGUCACGAGUCUGACGUUCGUCAUCCAGGACACGAAAUACAUCGGCCUUGUUCUCGGCGCCGGGGCAGCUCUCGGCCAAGGCCUCACGCAGAUCAUCACAGGCGUUGCAGGGCUCGCCAAGGUGCUCGUCCGCGACCUGAACUCCGGGUUUCCAUGGCGAGACCGGCGAGAGGGUCUGUUCCAGAUGCCCGUCGCCGUUAGAGGAGGAGACCGGUCCGGCCCCCGCGACUUCAUGAUGGAUGUCAUCAAGGCCAAGGAUUCGAAGCUCGACAUUCUCCUCACAACGCUUGUGACGAAGGUCCGGUUCGACACGACCAAGAAGACGCCGAGGGCGAUCGGGGUCGACUUCAUGCAGGGGAAAAGCCUCUACAGUGCGGAUCCCCGCUACUCGCCGUCGCAACAGGCCGAGGCGUCGGGCAGCGUCAACGCCAGCAAGGAAGUCAUCCUCUCGGCGGGAGCGUUCAACACACCCCAGCUGCUCAAGCUCAGCGGCAUCGGCCCCAAAGCCGAGCUCGAGUCGUUUGGCAUCCCGGUUCUGGUCGACUCCCCCGGGGUUGGGACCAACCUGCAGGAUCGGUACGAGACGACCGUCAUCUCCAAGGCCAGCAGCGACUUCAAGAUCACGAGCAAAUGCAAGUGGCUCGAGACCGAUCCCGACCCGUGCCUCGAGGACUGGAAGAAGUCGGGCUCCAACGACGUCCGCGGCGGAUACACGAGCCCCGGCCUCGCCCUCGCCGUGCUCAAGAAGUCUUCCGUCUCCGACGACGGCAACCCCGACCUCUUCAUAUCGGGUGCGCCGGCCUACUUUACGGGCUACUACCCGGACUACUCCAUCAACGCGACGGCCGACGCGAAGCACUGGACCUGGGUCGUUCUCAAGGCGCACACGCGCAACCGGGCCGGCACCGUUCGGCUGCGCUCGACGAACCCUCGCGACACGCCGCUGGUGAACUUUAACUACUUCGACACGGGCACGACGGCCGACGACGCGGCCUCGAAGGACGCGCAGGCGCUCGUCGAGGGCAUGAACUUUGCGCGCAAGGCCUUCGCCAAGGCGGUGCCCCUGCCGAGCACCUUCAAGGAAGUCUGGCCCGGCGACCGUGUCAAGAACGACAGGGAGAUGCGGGAGUGGGUGCAAAACGAGUCCUGGGGACACCACGCGUCGUGCACGUGUCCCAUCGGCGCCGACGGAGACAAGGGUGCCGUCCUCGACGCCAAGUUCCGCGUCAGGGGGGCCGACGGCUUGAGGGUCGUCGAUGCGAGCGUCUUCCCACGGAUUCCCGGCUACUUUCUGGUCCUUCCCGUCUACAUGAUCAGCGAGAAGGCGGCAGACGUCAUUCACGGCGGCUCCUGA